UAGCAGUCCAGAUGUGAUGGGAGCUCAGAGUGGGCACAUGUAUAGUCAUAGAGCGGGCGCUCUUGCUGUGCGCUGUCCACACUCCUCCUGGUGCUGAACAUCAUAUGCGUUGUGUGUCUCCCGCUGCCCCUCACAUCUCCAACAAGCACCGGCCAGGAAAGCGGCUGCUGAAUACACUGCGAGUGUUGUCACCUCUAGCAUCGGAUCCAUUAGCUCUACCGGUGAGGGCGCUACUUGUCUCAUCAUUACACGCUGAGGAUAGGAAGAGGAUGGAAGUCUCUAGAGCAGACAUGGAGAGCUCCUGAUAAAUGGGAUCCAUCGUGCCAUAAGAAUCUCUAGAUCCAGCGAUGAGGCCAGUCUGGGAUGAUAUAAUACCAGAUCAUAUUCUGUAAGAGGGACCCAACCACAGGGUCACUUCACUAUGCCAAAGAGUUGAUGCAACUGCUCACCUCCAGCGAUAUGAAACUUCAUACUGUGCUGAUAACAACGUGGAUAUAAGCCAUUACCUACACUGUGGAGACCAUUUGGCUGUGAUUAAAAAUGGCUGCUAUUGUCACCUCACAAACAUCCUACCCACUGCUGCAUAGACUGUCUGUAAGAACUAUUGAUGAAGACAUAGAAAGAACUGAAAAUGGAGCAAGCAGGGCUCACUCAAUCUGUGAUGACACAUCGUCUGAACUACAGCGUGUUAUUGCAUUGGAUCCAAGAGGCCUUACGGAAUCUCGCAGGAGUUCGUUCACAGAUAGAGGUGGAAUGGCCAGGUUAUCCAGAUUUCUACUCACAGUACAGAACUGGGCAACGAGACACCUUGUCCCAGAAGAUCAGCGCCCAGACUCUUUCUUGGAACGGUUUAGAGGUCCUGAGCUUAAAGAAGUGUCAAGCAGGAACAGUAACACCCAGUCUUUUGUAGGGACUCAAGAACGAAUAGAAAGAGCAACCAGCCAUUGGACUCUUGCCAGUUUCAAUGUCAACAACAGCAACAACACAGACGACACAAAGAAAGAACAGAAUAAUGCCAAUGAGAACAAGGAGCAAAAACAAGAGGACAAAAAAGAUGCAAAAGAGGAUGAUAAAAAAGCAAAUGACACAAAGAAAGAACAGAAUAAUGCCAACGAGAAAAAAGAUCAAAAACAAGAGGACAAAAAAGAUGCAAAAAAGGACGAUAAAAAAGAAGAAGAGAAAAAGAAGGAAAUAUUCGUGAUUGACCCAGCUAGCAACUUCUACUACCGAUGGCUAUCCAUCAUCUCAAUACCUGUGCUUUAUAACUGGUGCUUUCUAGUGUGCAGAGCUUGCUUUGAUGAACUGCAGAAAAAACAUGUGAUCUUGUGGCUGGUUCUGGAUUAUAUUGCAGAUUUUGUGUACCUUGCUGACACACUAGUGAGAUUCAGAACAGGUUUCCUUGAGCAAGGCUUGCUGGUUAAAGAUUCCAAGAAGUUAAGAGACUACUACAAAAAGACCAUGCAGUUUAGGCUUGAUAUGCUGUCUCUGGUGCCAACUGAUCUGGCCUACUUCAAGCUGGGGAUCAAUUUUCCAGAACUACGGUUUAAUCGUCUCCUGAGGUUUGCUAGGAUGUUUGAGUUUUUUGAUCGUACCGAAACCAGGACCAAUUAUCCAAAUAUUUUCCGUAUAGGGAACCUUGUUCUCUACAUUCUUAUUAUUAUACACUGGAAUGCCUGCAUCUACUUUGCAAUAUCUAAAGCCAUUGGGUUUGGAACAGACACAUGGGUCUAUCCCAAUAUUUCUCACCCAGAAUAUGGGCGUAUGGCAAGAAAAUACAUUUAUUGUCUUUACUGGUCAACCCUGACUCUUACCACUAUUGGAGAGACCCCGCCACCAGUCAAGGAUAUAGAGUUCCUCUUUGUAGUGUUUGAUUUUCUUAUUGGCGUGCUGAUAUUUGCAACCAUUGUUGGUAAUGUAGGUUCCAUGAUUUCAAACAUGAAUGCAUCCAGGGCAGACUUUCAGUCCAAGAUUGACUCUAUAAAGCAAUAUAUGCAAUUCCGUAAUGUAUCUAAAGAUCUAGAAGCAAGGGUGAUCAAGUGGUUUGAUUAUCUCUGGACAAACAAGAAAACGAUGGAUGAGAAAGAGGUCCUAAAAAGUCUUCCAGAUAAGCUGAAAGCUGAAAUUGCAAUCAAUGUUCAUUUAGACACUUUGAAGAAGGUGAGAAUCUUUCAAGACUGUGAAGCAGGACUGCUGGUGGAAUUAGUCCUAAAGCUCAGGCCUCAGGUGUUUAGUCCUGGAGACUAUAUUUGUAGAAAAGGGGACAUUGGGCGUGAAAUGUACAUCAUUAAAGAAGGUAAACUUGCAGUAGUAGCAGAUGAUGGGAUAACUCAAUUUGUGGUACUCAGCGAUGGCAGUUAUUUUGGAGAAAUUAGUAUCCUCAACAUCAAAGGGAGCAAAACCGGGAACCGAAGGACAGCAAACAUUCGAAGCAUUGGUUAUUCUGAUUUAUUCUGUUUAUCUAAGGAUGAUUUAAUGGAGGCCCUCACUGAGUAUCCAGAUGCUAAAACAGCUCUAGAAGAAAAAGGACAACAAAUCCUAAUGAAAGAUGGUCUUAUAGAUGUAGAUGCAGUAAAGGCUGGGGCAGACCCAAAGGACCUAGAAGAAAAGGUUGAUAAGAUGGAAACAGCAUUUGAUAGCUUGCAGACUCGAUUUGCCAGAUUAUUAGCUGACUACAACUCCACACAAUUAAAACUGAAGCAAAGGAUCACUAAAGUUGAGAAACAAAUAAAGAACUGCAACAACGAUGGCAUGUCUGAAGGGCCUGAUAGUGCACCAGAAACAGAUAAGGCGUAAGACAACAAAAAUAAAUGAGCUGCUGCCUAUUUACAUUUUUGUACUUCAAACUUAUUAACUGAUCAUCAUGUGUUUUAUACAUUCUUCCUAAAGGACUUCAUAGGAUUUAUCUUACUGAUUUAGUAAUGUUGCAGCCUAUACAGGGAAAGCUUUUCUUUUUAUACAUUUUCUUUUUUCUUCAAUAAUAUAUUUUUGUACUUGCAGGCUUUUAGAAUACUUUAGACAAUAAAUGGUUUACAGGUUUAUAAAUAAUUUUAAAUUGUUUAUUUAAAGAUAGUUUUGUGUUGUAUGAACUAAUUUUCUAGAUUUAUAUUAUUUUUAAAAUACAAAAAAAUACAUGCUUUUGGUACAUUCAUAUUCCAAAAACUCAAUUAUUCUCAGUUUUCUGAAAAGACAAUUUUUUCCUAUGGAUGCUCAUAAGGUGUAUGUGGUAAAAUAAAUCUCAAAACCUAUUA